GCGAGAAGAUCGUUGCCGGGGAAAAACUCACUGCUUCCAAGCGGCAACCCUCCCGGUCGACGGUGAUCGCUCAUGAUAUCGUCCGAAAGUCACCAGGGACCAGCCGGGGUAGGACACAAAUCGAUUCCUCAUUCCAUACGUCCUCCGCCUCGUCGCUGUAUGCGCCGCCGCGAAGAGCGCGAGCGUCCUCCUCGAUAACACGUUCACGUGGUGGCACGUCCCGCUCUCGCUCCCGAUCGUCGUGCCCCUCUACGCCGCGCUCUCGAACGUCUGGAGGGAAUACGCCAUCGGGCGCGAGGCGGCAAGACUCGGCGCGGUGCUCCCGCCCAGACUGGCGCAUCGGUGGCCGGGAGGGCUCGACGCGCUCAUGUUCGUGUUCCGGAACCAGAGGAAGGGCGUGUUAGCGCGCCCGCUCUGCAUAUGGCAGGAGAAAUACGGGAACAUCUUCAAUCUGCGGCUGCUGUGGGAGAACAGGUACUGGACGUGCGAGCCGGAACACAUCAAGUGCAUCCUGGCGACUGAAUUUGACAAGCAUGAGAAAGGCAGCGUCUUCCGGUCCGUAGUGUCCACCGUGCUCGGCACCGGAGUCUUCAGCGCAGACGACGAACUCUGGAAAUUCCACCGCUCCAUGACGCGUCCCUUCUUCGUCCGCGCCCGCAUAUCGGACUUCGACGUAUUCGACCGGCACGCGCAAGACGCCAUACGGCUCCUCAAGUCGCGCGCGCGCGAAGGGUACGCGGUAGACCUUCAAGACCUCUUCUCGCGAUUCACACUGGACAGCGCGACCGAGUUCCUCUUCGGGUACGACGUGCGCUCGCUCUCCGAGUCCCUUCCCUAUCCGCACAGCGCGUCCCCUACUCCUUACGCCUCUUCCUCCUCCCGCACCUCGUUCUCCUCCGCGUCAGACUUUAGCACGGCCUUCUCCGCCGCGCAGUCCAUCAUGUUCGAGCGCAACCCGCUCGGGACGUGGUGGCCCCUUCGCGAGUUCUGGGAAGACAAGACGCGGAAGCACAUGCGCGUCAUCGAGGGCGUGAUCGACCCCAUCCUUGCCCGUGCGCUGGCGAGGGAGAAGGCGCGCAGGGCGGAGAUCGGCGCGGGCGCGGAGAAGGCGGACACGAAGAAUUCCGGGGCGUUGGAGGUCGCGGAGGGCGAGACGCUGCUGGAGUACCUGGUCAAAGUGACGGAUGAUCCUGUCAUUCUGAAGGACGAGAUGAUCAACAUAAUGGUGGCAGGACGCGAUACGACGGCGACCCUUCUCACGUUCGCGUCGUACAUGUUCAGCGAACACCCGGACGUUCUGAAGCGUCUCCGAGAGGAAGUCGUCCGCACUGUGGGGGAUCGCCGGCCGACGUACGAUGACAUCCGGAACAUGAAGUAUAUGCGCGCAGUCCUGAACGAAACCCUCCGCCUCUUCCCUCCCGUGCCGCUCAACCUCCGGAAGUGCAAGACCGACGUCCUUUGGCCGUCCAAACGUGCCGAUGGACGGCCGUAUUACGUCCCCGCCGGCACCACGACGCCAUACAGCGUGUGGCACCUUCACCGGCUCGAAUACCUCUGGGGCCCGGACGCGCACGUGUUCGACCCCGAUCGGUUCCUCGACGAGCGCGUGCAUCGAUUGAGCAGGAACCCGUUCAUGUUCCUCCCUUUCAACGCCGGGCCGCGGAUCUGCCUCGGGCAGCAGUUCGCGUACAACGAGGCGUCGUUCAUGCUCGUCCGCCUCCUGCAGACCUUCUCCUCGGUCGAGCUCGACAUGGCCGCCGUCCCGCCCGGGAAGAUUCCUCCCGUGUUCGACGACAUGAAGAGGAACGAGAAGGUUUGGAUCAAGAGCCAUCUGACGUCAUAUGUGGAUGGUGGACUCUGGGUGAAACUGGGCGAAGCCUGAGGCGUUCCCGUCUGCCUCAGUGGCUAAUAUAUCGGUCCAUCAGGGUAAGCAGGAGCAAGCAGGUCAAAAACACGAGUGGUACGCCACAGACAGAGCGUGUACGAUCGUCGACAUCAUUCGUGCGCGUAUCUCUCAGGCCCCAGAAUAUCCGGAUAGUUUGAUUUGGCGUAUUGUAUGUUGAGGCACUGCGGUCGAUCGUAGCAGAGCUGGGAUAUGAAACUGAUCUGCUAUGGUGCUAAGGUAGGGCUCAUUCAUACAUAGCUACUAGUGACAUUGCAGUGACACUCACGUGAAUAUGUGAUACUCAAUUCAG